UAACGUUUGCUAACUAUCCGCUGCCGCUAGAGGGCAGAGCUUCUGGUUCGUUUCCUUUCAGCGUCGCGGAGUGAUGACGUAUCACAACUAGUCGAAAUGGCCAAGAAACAACGUGGGGAAAAAUCUUUACAGUCAAAGAAGGCGGACAGGGAAAAACGGACGAACGAGUUCAAAUUGGAGCUGGACUCCAGCGACGAUGAGGCGCCCGAUGAGGUGACGUUUGAGAACUCGAAGACUCAGGCGCUGCAGAGUAGGAAGGAGGCGCUGGACAGAGCCCGAAGAGAGAAGGAGCUGUUGAAGGAUAAGCGGAGGAAGAGACAGGAGCUGUUUCAAGAGCAGAAGAAAAGGAAGCUCCUACCGGCGGACGUGUUGGAGGAAGUGGCCUCAGCUCCUUCAAAGAAGCAGAGACCGUCCACAGAUGAAGAAGACAAGCAGUUGCAGAAGAAAAAAAGGAAGCUGAGGAAGAGCCUGAAGCAUCGAAGAGUGGUGAAGGGGAACUACACCGUGAUGUUGGUGAAGGAGCGUGUGGAGUCACACCAGCAGCAGUCAGCCAGGGACUUUGUCCAGUCACGACUGUACGGACCAGGGAGCCACAGAAGCACAAAUAAUGAGUUGCUUUCACUCGAGAACAAGACGGGCAAGAAUAAAGGAGCAGCCAUGCAGUUUGUGAAGGUGGACUGGGCUUCUAAGAAAAAAGCCAAAGCAGAGAAGGAGAAGAAGCGCUGGAUCCACAAGCAGCAGAUUCUGUCCUGCUGACACCACUGGACCAGUUUACACACUUCACACACACCAGUGGACACACUUAAAUGCAAACUAUUCUGCAAACAUUGAGCAGCGGCUCCAAUCCUUUAGUCAGUUUGACUGAAGGGAAAAAGAUUGGAGCUACUGAACCUGUAAAUGUUGGCUUUGUUUCUGGUGGAAUGAGGUUUAAGUGUUAGGAAACCAGAUGUUUUCCAACAGACAGUGGAUCAGACUAGAACAUGUUUUAUUUUCCAGUCUGGUGUCUGACUUGUUUGUUUUCUGUAAAUUAUGCUUUUUUUUUCCUCUAUGUACAAAUUUUAAGUACAAUAAAAACAAGUUUUGCCCCUGUU